AUAACCAGGCAUUAUUUUAUAUGUUUCCUUGGAAUGGGGGAUAGAUAGUGUACAGAUUUACCUUCUGAACAGCUGAGUACCCCUCACCUCAUCCUCCCCUUUAGUUGUCAGAGAAACUCAAAAGAUGUUUAGUUUGUCUACUGGUGUCAUGCGUAGAAGAAACAGAUGAAGAUGUCUCAAGAGAGACCUGACACUGGUGUUGCUGUAUUGCCAUGAGUUCUUUAUCUCGUUCACACGACUUCAAAGCCAUGACCUAUUAUUUCGUCCCCACAACUUAAAAAAUUGCAAAAAUGUUUUCGCAGGGGCUCUGUAAAAUACACAAGUUUGUCAGGAAAGAAAGUUCUGUCGUUAUAUGUGUAGUUGCUUACAUAUUUGCUUAUUCAGCCACGAAAGUGGAAAGUGACAAAGGUCAUAGUAUUCAAAGUUUUUGGAACAAAGAGACAAAAAGUGAUUUGUGAAACAGGCUUAGCUUUCGUGGCUGUGGGCUGGAGGCGGGACAAGAGGGAGGAACACACAGAGAGGCGGCCAACAACACAGACAUCUGGCAAUAAUCGGAGUAGGGGGAGGGAGGGAGAGAGAUCUUUUUACAAAAGGGAACAAAACUAAUUCUGAACUAACAUGUAAGUGUCAAAAUUAGGGAUGGGGACAACACGCAGACACAGUUUACCAGUUACAAAUAAUAUAGAAAAGUAGAAGAAGAAGAUAAAGCUUAGAUAACAGUACAAUACAAAGGAGAUCUAAAAGCAAAGAUCAAACCCAGGGAUUGAAGGAAGCAGUAGUUACAAAGACGAGCUUGGACAAGACAAGACAACUGACCCUCAUCCUCAGGAUGUCGGUGUCUCAGAGGUGGUUGUGCUGUGUCAAAUAUUUGAUGUUUGUCUUAAACCUUAUCUUCUGGCUAGGAGGAUGUGGUCUAUUUGGAGUUGGAGUAUGGCUGUCCUUCACACAGGCAGAGUUUUCCUCUCUUCCUCUGUCCUUUCCAUCCCUCUCAGCUGCCAAUCUGCUGCUAGUUGCUGGUGGUAUAACCAUGGUCACUGGCUUCCUGGGUUGUCUUGGAGCCCUUAAGGAGCAGCGCUGCCUGUUGUUCAUGUUCUUUGUGAUCCUUUUGCUCCUUGUCCUGACGGAGGUGACUCUAGUGUUGGUUUUACACAUCUUCCAUGACAAGCUGGACUCCAAAGCACAUCAUGAAUUAAAGGAAGGUAUGAAGAUUUAUAAAUCAAAACCUGGACUGAAAAAAUCCUGGGACAAUGUGCAGAAAAUGUUCAAAUGCUGUGGAGUAACAAACAAAACAGACUGGUAUGAUGUGCUGAAUGGAACGCUACCCUCAUCCUGCUGCUCUGUUGGGAUGGACAAGUGCAUUGACGGAUGGAGUGAGCCGUGCUAUCAGAAGGCCAGGCAGUGGCUGCUAAUUAACAUCCCCUCAGUCCUGGUGUUUGGUGUCUGUAUUGGUGUUGUACAGAUUUUGGCUCUGGGGUUCUCCAUGAUGAUGUACUAUCAAAUUCUGUGUGCAGAGAAGCACUUGGACUAAGUGCAGACCAGAUGUACGCUGUCCUUUAUUAUCACAAUCUUCUCAAGGAUCUAAAUUUGGGUUUCAAAUUCCCUGUAGGAUUCCCCUCAAAGCUAACAUGUAAUAGACAUGAGUCAGUAUAAACAUAGAAAGCAACACACUGUGGAAGAAUAAAAUGAUGAGCAAUGCUGUUUGUCUUUAUACCAGUCAUAUGAAUUUAAUAUCAUGCACCUCACCAUUGCUCAACAAUGAUGUUUUGUUUUAUCUGUGGCAUCCUUCAGCUGUCAGUCAUAACAAGUCACAAUUACAUACAAUUGCAAUCAGAAAUAUUCAACCUCCUCACCUCAAAAGACAUUAUAGUGAUGUGGAUGAAAGAUAAUGACAUUAAAUAACAAAAACCUCAUUAAACAACAACAAAUAUUUAUUGAUACAUAUUUAAGUUAUGUUUAGUCAACAGAAGUUGACUUAAGCAACUGCCUUCUUUAAAUCCCCUCAAAAAUUUCCAAUCGGAUUUUAAUCUGGUGACUGAGAAGGCCACUCCAGGACGUUCCAGGAUAUUUUUAUCAACCAAGCUUUGGUUGACUGGGAGGUGUGCUUGGGAUCAUUGCCUUGCUGGAAAGUCCAAUGAUCACCAAGGUUUAAUUUGUCAACAGAAGGCAUCACAUUCCUCUUUAAAAAUGGGCUUUUUAAAAACAACAAUAUUUUAUAGGGGUUGAAUAAUUGUAACAUUGCUAUCUUAACAAAAUAUAUUGUAACAUACGAAUACUCCGUCAUGGAUUUUCUGUGUUGAUUUGAUGUAUCACUCAACUCAUAAAGAGGUCAUCCGAAGCAGAAUUUUGCUCUUUGAAAAAACUUUAAUUGAUAAAUCCUUCAAAUCUUUGGGAGGUUAGGGUUGAAUAUUUCUGAUUGCAACUGUAAAUGCAUUGCUCCUCCAGGGAAAUGAUGGCUCCUAUGUCCUCUUAAAACUUAAAAAACACACAUAUUGUUUUACAGCAUCUUGUUUAUUUUUUAGGACAUGCUAUAAGAUUAACCUGACCAUUUACCCCAUCCGCAUGUCAAGAGAGAAAUAGAGUAAAUCUGAAUCAUCUGGUUGUGUGUUGGGCAACCAUUAUGAUGGAGUAAAACAAAACAGACAAAGAGAAAUCACUGAAAGAACAGAAAAUAGUCUAUGGAGCACUUUGUUAAUAAUUUCAGGACUUGCAUCUUAUGUACUUUGAAUGUGUCUGCUUGAGUGACUCGCGGUCUUAUUCAAUCUAAUUUAUCUAACCACUAUACUUUAUUGUCCGUAUUUACCAUAUACGUCUAUCGAACCUUAUCUUUUUCAUUGGAGCAUAUACAUAUAGAUUAUCUGUUAAGGCUCAACAGCUAGUUAUGGCAGUAGCAUUGUAUUGUAGACUAGUAACAAUGUUGCAUGCCUGUUCAAAAUGUGCAUGGCUCACUGACAAAAAUAGCCAGAAUGGAUUGACACCUCCUAUGAAUGGAAUGAUUCAGGCUGGCCCUGUCUUCUUGUGAACUAAAUUGGCUGUUUUAUGGCUUAAAUGCUUAAAAAUGACUGCAGCCACUGCCUAAAGAAGCUUUUUUUCUGUGCCACUAGCAAAAAGGGAUAAAUAUAGAGAAGGAUUCAGCUGCAGUGACCUACAUGUUCAUUCUUUGUGAUCAACACAGACCCAUCAAAAAACUUUAUGAUGAAUAGAUCUGUAUUUACUGAUUUUGCUUUAUUUUGAUUAAUAAAUGAUCCAAAAAAUAAAGGAACAUAUCAAUGCA